GUUUUAAUUGUGCUGGUCGAGAAAAAUUGUGUGAAAAGUCCAUGAAAACGUUGCAAAUACAACGAAAAAGUGUUGUGCUGUGCACUAAACGCUUACGCGUACUGAAUAGUAUUCAAAAAACAAUGUACACACAGUAAUUCCAUUGAAUAAAACGGCAUUUGUCCAUCAAAGACGAUUUAGCCUAUACUUCAAAGCACUUUGCAACUAAUAAGUUUUGGAGAUAAACAACUAAGUGUCUUUGCUGUUUGUUCACUAUGGUCUCAACGCGCCAAAUGUGUGGAAAUGCGGGAGGCGCCGGUGGUUAUGAUGAGGCGCCAAUAACUACUCGCGCCACAGUAGUGCGGCGAACCACACAUUAUCAGCACCAUCACCAUCAGCCGCAGCAACAGCAGCAGCAGCAAGUGCAACAGCAUCAGCGGCAGCAGCCGCUGGCCACCAUCGCUCCCGUUUUAAAUUUCCUGGACUUGCCCACGGAGCUGAUCAUCAAAACGCUCGGCUACUUGGAUUAUAAGAAAAUAAGCAAUUUAAGAUUGGUGUCGAAUCGCAUGAACGACAUUUGCAUGAAUAUGUUGAAUGCGGCUUUCGCAAAGCAGAUUAAGACGACUUUCAAUCGCUUUCAAUCGAUAAAGUCGAGCAUGCCGCGCCGCGAGUCGGCUCGUCGUCAUCAUCCGUUGGCCUGCGAAUGCGACAUUAUCGAGACUUGCUAUAUGCGACUGUCGUUGCUCCAAAUGUCCAUGGGCAAGCACAUCGAGCGUGGUCACUGCUGUUUCUUUCCGGGUGCCAUUCUUGAUGAAGUGCACUCGAUUUUGAACUACAUCAGUAUUACGCCGCGCUUGCAGCGUCCUUAUCGUGUCACCGAUGAGCUAUUUGAUCUCUCCACCAUGGCUAUGGAGUACUUUAAGGACCGCAUUGAGCCUACUCUGCCGGGCCUGGCCUACUUUAACAAGGACUUUUUCCAAUUGCCCGUUACCACAAAGCGGCCUACCUUAGCAAUUAGCUCAGAUCUCUCAGACAGCUCGAAUAACUCACCACCUCAGAACCACAUGGUGUUGCGUAAGGGCAUACGCAAGAUCAAGCAGGGCAUGAAGAUGUACAAUAAUCAGCUAUCAGUGCUGCGCACCGAGCUAAGGAACUGCAAACGCAAAUCCGCUGAGCAGAGCAAACAGCUUGCCGAACAGCAAAAUCUAUUGGCGGAGCAUCAGAAGCAGACGCUGGAAUAUGCCAAUCGCCUGGACGAGAAUGACAAGAAGAAUGAAGAAAUGGCACGCAAAUUUUCCACAUUGUUGCAGGAACUCAACAAGUGCAAAACCGAGCUGCAAUUCUGGCGCUCUAAGAGCCCUGCAAUACCGUCGGUCUGCAGUUCAUGCAAUUUAAAAGUGACUCCAGUGUUACCGCACGAGGAUUUAAAAGCGCUGGUCAAUCAGGGUGUCGAUCCGGAUAACAUAAUCAUAAUCAACGAUGAGACCGAGGCGGAUGAGACGGCUGCCGCCAAUGUGGACGGGUGUGAGCUGAACGCAAGCGUUGAGAACCCAUUCGCCCUGCCAGAUGAGGCAACCACAUCCAAGCUGUUAGCCGUUAAUUCGGCUGCCAAAAAUCUCAAACGCAAAUAUGCUUCAACGAUGAUGGACAGCGAAAUCGCUGCAACGUCCAAUAUAAUUGCGUCCAAUGCGACAUCGCCGUCUCAGGAUCUAGCGAGUCAACAGGUCGAAGCCAGCGGCAGCACCAGCUGUGGCUAUUCGACGAAACUCUUUUAUGGCAAUCAUCAACGUAGCGGCGUGAUUGUGAGUCCAGUGUCCAUUAAGCUGGUGCCAAUGCUGCCUCCCAAUGGCAAUGAAAUGGAAAAGGGAAACGAGCAGCAGUUGCAAUUGCUCCAGCCAAUCAAAAGUGAAUCAAUUCAAGCAACUGCUGAGUCCCAUUUGGGCAAUGCAGUUUUCGUGGAGCAAAUGGAGGCGAAGAAGGCACGUAGAGUACAAAAGGCCAAUAGGUGCUUAAAUGCAUCUGGCAAACGCAGUAAAUAAGCAUAAAAA